AAGAAAGCAGAAAAAGAAACGCGGCGGAAGUAGAUUUGUGUUGUGACCGGAAGUUUCUCAAGUGCCGUUGUUCUUUACACCGUUAGCGUUCCCCCGUUCCCACCGAAGUUUGUGAGAGAAGCUGACGGAAGUCAUCGGUACCGCGCUCCGCUGCAACCCUGACUGUGGCUCGACAUGACGGCCGCGGGAAGCUCGGCCACUCCGCACGUGGGAGACGUCGAAGAAGACGCAUCACAGUUACUGUUUCCCAAAGAGUUUGAAAACUCCGAGACGCUGUUGAACUCGGAGGUCCACAUGCUGCUGGAACACAGGAAGCAGCAGAACGAGAGCGCCGAGGACGAGCAGGAGCUGUCUGAGGUUUUCAUGAAGACCCUCAACUACACGGCCCGCUUCAGCCGCUUCAAGAACCGUGAGACAAUCACCGCUGUGCGCAGUCUACUCUUGCAGAAGAAGCUCCAUAAAUUUGAGCUGGCCAGUUUGGCAAAUCUGUGUCCUGAAGCUGCAGAGGAGGCUAAAGCUCUGACCCCCAGUCUGGAAGGUCGCUUUGAGGAUGAAGAGCUGCAGCAAAUUCUGGAUGACAUUCAGACCAAGAGGAGCUUCCAGUACUAAGACCAGAACCAGCAGCUGGACCUGAGACCUCUAGUACCCUCCUUAACGGAAGCAUUGUUGUUCAUGCUUCACGGGACCAGAAAAAUUCUCCAUAACCCAGCAAAACCUUGAUGUUCUUUAAAGGCACAUCAGCUACUGUUUGUGUGUGUGUCUGAUUCCAUACAGUCUGUGGAAAACCCUACAAAUGUUAUUGAAGAGAACUGUAUAUGUGCUCUGGUCCUUUGAGUACCUUUAGGCAGAAACUAAAAGGCGUUCAUCCAUCCUCUGUGAACUUCUGCCGAACACUGUCCACCCUUGCUGCCUGGUGGUCCAGACUCCGGAGCAACAAAAGGAGCUUCAGACCUGCAAGACUCGCAUCAAACAUUCAAAACCAAGUCUACACAAACUUGAUUCUCAACAGAACCUUUUUGUUCCAGCAGAACCCCUUUCAGUGUUUUUGUGUUUAUCUUGUCAAAACAACCCAUCAGAAGUGGAACAAGGAACUGGAUUUAAUAUGUUGAUUGGAAAUAAAACUUCAAACUCCACCAAGGGACAACCAA